UACGCGAAACUCAUUUGCUACGCGUUCGUCUAGCACGUGCGACCACUGUUCUUCGCGCAGUGACCGUUGUGCGCGCGGCGUCUUUAGCUUCUCCAUUCUCAUUCGGCACGCACACUCCAACGGACUUCUAUACAUCCACUAACGAGAAUCCUUUAAUAUCAAGUCGAUCAUCAUGGCAGAAGAAUAUCUUUACGGAAUCACUCUCGAAGGACUCAAUUCUAGCGAGGUAUGGGAUCCAGAACACAAGAACGACGAUGCAGACGGCACGAACCAACAUUUCGGUGCCGAUCAGAAGCUUAUCAUAAAAAUGGCACUUUUAGGUCCCGAGGCUAAAUCCGGGGAGCUCAAUGUGCUACAGGUAGAAGCAAUGGGUUUGAAAGGGCCCAUUAAAACACCAAUUGCGCUGUUGGAGAUGGGAAAAACAGCACAGAUUAUCCUGGACCUUAGUUUUCCCGACCCUCCAGUCACGUUUACUUUGAUUAAAGGCAGUGGCCCUGUUCACAUAGUAGGACACAAUCUUCUUGGUACACACAUGGAAGAAUUUGAUGAUAUGGAUGAUGAGAUGGAAGAAGAGAACAUCGAUGAUGACGAUGAUGAUAAGGAGCCAGAAGACGAGGAAGAUGAUGAAGAUGAACCCAAGAAGAAGAACGCCAAAUUAACAACUGCAGCCAAAUACAAAAAUCAAGCUAAUAAGAACAAGAAAAAAUAAGCAUGAGCCUUAAUACUAAUGGAAAUACAACAAACUUUUAAGUUAGGCUAAUAAGCGUAAGUCCAUCAUUAUCAUCCGCAUUUGUGCGAAUCUAGUAUCGUUUCACCAGAUUAUCAGACGACAAACGUUGCCUUCCACGUUUCUACGACACAACUGGACCAAUGAAAUAGUAUAACGUGUAACAUUACAUAGUAUAAAAUGAAUAAUGGCAAGUUUUAUUGGUCCAUAGACAUUUUAAUUAAGUAAUGUAAGGUUUAACAUAGAAGAAAAGUGAGAAUUUUCUAUUCGAAGAUUUCUCUGUAUGCCUUAGAAGAAUGAUCCCUGAUACAGAUUAGACGAAUUUCGUGGAAUAUUAAAAACGUGAAUCAAAUAUUAUUUUUUUGACUAAAUUUUAUAAAGUUCGAAGGGCAUUCUUCUGAGAGCUAAACGCACAUAGUAACUUGUUCUAUCUCGUUCCAAUGGAAUUAUCAAGAAAAAAAAUAAAAAAUAAAAAAUGUGAUCAAAAUUAGUAAGGAGUUUGCGAGGCAGUGCAAGAAUACCGUUUUCUACGUGUGAAAGUGAACAUAAACAUUUGGCCCAGUUGUUGUUAAUAAAAUAAGUGGAAAGCACGGACGGACCUACAGUGAGGUGUAUUUGUAUCAUUUCCUUUUUUGUCUUCUCCGAUGCCGUGUUCACACAUCGACACUUCCAGUGAAUUGAAGCUACACUAUUCUACCGUAGUCAUGUAAACGCGAUUCAGAAAAACGAACUACUACGCUCUUUAAACAAAAUGCAAAGAUAACGUUCCAGUGUAAUUUAUUAUUUUCGUGUGUACAAGAUGGGGAAAGGGGUAAUAGUCACAAGAAACCCUUAUUACUAGAAUGUUAUUAAUGAUUGUAAAGAGAAAAAAAAUAAUGAUAAUGAGAUCUGAAUUAAAAGAAACAUUUAAGCGUCAUCACGACAUUCAUUCCAUUUGAUGAAAGAUAAUAGGAAGAGGGGGGGGUUACAGGUGUACUACACAACGUGAUGCUCUUACAUCAGUGUUAUAUGCGGUCAAUGCAUAUACAAAGCGUGUACAAAACGCGCCCAUGCGAUUGAUAAGUAGUCUGUACACCUAUUUUGUACAUAUACGAUACAAUAAAAAAUUUCACAACUUUUAA